AUGGCUUCAGCACCGGCUGAUCCGACCGACGCUCAGACCGAUUCAAAUGGAGGUGAUCAAAGGGAUGAUCGUGCUCAUGAGCCUGUGAGAACAAGCGAGAAAUACGGGAGCCUGAUUCUGCAGCAUUCGAAGAGAAGCAGGCUUCGUCAUUAUCACACAGGCCUGAACUAUCGCGCUCUUGCAAAGUUUCUUGAGCGUGAGCCGCAGCCUGUGUCUCCGACUCAAGGAAGAACAGAUUCACAUGACUUUCUUGUGAUCCGCACUUUUGCGAGGGAACGCGGCGAGCGUUCUACUCGGACUUACACAGCCAACGAUGUGCACCGUUUCGAACAAGCUCCUUCCGAGAAGAACAUCAGUAAGGUCAUCUUUAUGCGGGGUCUAGCAUCGCGUGCCUGGCUCAAUGCUCUUGGGAACCACUAUCGCCUGGACCCAGAGUUUUUCCGUCGCCAUCUCGAGUUCACCCCGUCUAUCGACUAUCACGACCUGCCGUCCGUCCCUUCGGUUUCCCGAAGAAUGGUGACUAUUCGCGUUUCCACGAUAUUCCGACGCCGCACUGCGUUGCCUCAAAUCGAACUACAGCAUGCCAGACAGGGAGAGGACCUUGCCGUCCGCAAAUAUCAACGUGAAGUAGACCGUCACGGAGGGAUUGGAACUUCAAUCGUUCGAGGCCUGUCGUUCCAGAACGAGACGACCUUUACAUUGGAACAAGCAAUGACCAUCUGCGCCGUAAAGCAAGAUGAUGAUGUCCGCGUCAUCGUGUGGAUGGAUGCCGGUCUACACCUAGACUCCCUGAACGCGACUAGGACUUUGACAAGGUGCGGAUCGGGAGAUCUAGAAUGUGCCCCUAUCUUCCAGCACAGAUACAAAAUUGCCCUUCAGACAUUCGAGGACGCUCCAGAAUCAGGCGGCACCUUUCGCGAACCCUCGACUCAAAGCUUUGCCAAUCUAGCUUACCAUUACGGAGCGACCCUCGAUCCGAAAGCGGUACCGCUCGAUACGAUAUAUGCACUGAGCGAGCUGUUCAGUUUCGCGGCCCACGCAAACUGCCAGUUGAUGAACCUACUCCAGGCUCAGAUCACGAAGACGACCAAAUCCUUUCGCGAAGACAUGGAAAGUGCUCUCAAAGAACUCGAUUACCUACGGGAAAUGGUCAAAGACCGACAACAGAAUAUCGCUGAGGUAAAAUCUUGUAUAGAGGGAAGAGGCGAUCCGAAAUGGCCCAGAGCAGACCUCGCGCUUGAAACAUGUAAGACUUUGCUCACCGACUGGGACUACCUACAUCGACGUUGUGAAUCCCUUACAGCACAAUGCACUGAGGGUGCGAAUAUGAUCGCCAACGCAGCUUUGCUCGAAGAAUCGAAGAAGAGCAUGAGUCAACAGAAGAAGGUCAGCAAGCUGACCCUGCUAGCCUUUUUCUUCCUGCCCCUACAGCUGGCUACUGGGGUCUGCGGGAUGAACUUCAAGGAGUUUGGCCAAGGAGAACGUGGCAUUUGGUGGUUCCCAGUUAUACUGAUUCCAAUCCUGGCAGUUGCUCUGAUCCUACUAUUCUGGGACGGACUGACUCCCCUCCUACGACAUGACCAACGGCAACAGACGACUGCAGCAGAACAGGCAGAACAUAAUGGAUCAGUGUCAUUGAAUAUGCCCCAGACAUGGGAUGCGCCUGCGCCUGCGCCAAAUACUUCGGCAACAAGGAGAAGCUCACGCCAAACCGGGGCAUGA